AUGGCUUGCCUGCUGACGAAUGAAGUGGACGACUGCACGACGGCGUCCACCUUCGAGAUGGCCAACUUCCGGGAGCAGCUCAACGACGCCGAGCAGCAGCUGGACGUGUCGGCGAUCCUCGCCAACAUUGGCAACGUCUCCGCCCUGCAUGGCAUCUCCAUGGAGCGCCUCGUCUGCUCGACCCCGUGCGUGACGGCUGAUGUUGAGGAGGCGGUGAAGUCGUACUACGAGUACGAGAAGCAAAUCGAUCCCGCCACCCGCUUCGCGCCGACCGAAGUGCAUUCCGAGUACUGUCUCCCCGACAUGCAGCCGGCUGCGUUCACCGCCAAUGUUGACAACGAGGAGGACACGCUCGUCGAGCCGGGAGAGGGCCUCGGCAUCGAUCACUUCGCAGAGGCCCAGCGCUCGCGCGUCUUCGAGCUGUUGAGCGGCUACCAGCAGCAGACGAACAGCCCGUUCGACGAGAAGAACACGGGCCUGAACGCGCCGAUGCUCACCGCCACCCUGGGCCGUUACAGCCACUUC